GAGGAUCGGAGGAUCUGUGGCACACAGCAGUCAGCUGAUGUUCGGGAGCACCAGAAACCGCUUUUCAAAGCCCGGUUUUCACCUGUGCGAGAAUAAUCCUCCCAUUCAGCUUUUGUAGAAAGCCAGCAAGUGCCCUGCCUUUCAUGCGCUCAGCAAAACCAGCAUAACCGAGGAAGCGCGUCCCGGCGGGGCUCCCCUCACCUUUCACCGAGAAACAAGAGUUGACAAGAACUUCUCCAGGACCAGGACCUUGUGCUCUUGUGCGUCGCUGCCUGCGUGACUGUGAGAGUCAAAUGUCACUGUCAGUCUCGUCCUCCUCCGUGCGGCUGACGGUCACGCCAACACCGUGAGUCUCGUCAUCUCGCCUGCACUUGUUCUCGGGGGAAAGAUGGCCGAGCUCAGGAUGGCCAAGAGUCCCUUGUUGGACGGACUUCUCAACAGUCCCGCCACGAAGCCGUUUCUAUUGAGACGAUGCUUCAGUGACACCUCGGACCUGUUUGCCAUGAUCGAGAGGAUACAGGGUUGCAGAAUGGAUGAGCAAAGAUGCCCGCUCCCUCCUCCCCUCAAAACAGAAGAAGACUACAUCCCUUAUCCCAGCGUUCAUGAGGUUCUCGGUCGCACAAGUCCUUUUCCACUCAUCCUGCUGCCCCAGUUUGGAGGAUACUGGAUCGAAGGCACCAAUCAUGAACCGAAAGACCCGCCGGAGGCAGAUGAAACUCCCUGUCCUACCUCUCACAUCAAACUGGAGACGAACAGCACCGCCAAGAUCUACAGGAAGCAAUUCAUGGGCAAGGAACACUUUAAUUAUUACACAAUGGAUGUCGCCCUGGGCCACUUGGUCUUUUCAGUGAAGUAUGAUGUCAUUGGAGAUCAGGAGCAUCUGCGCUUGAUGCUACGAACAAAGCUUAAAACCUAUCAGGACGUGAUUCCCAUUUCCUGCCUUACUGAGUUUCCCAACGUGGUUCAGAUGGCCAAGCUUGUUUGCGAAGAAGUGAAUGUGGAUAGGUUUUAUCCCGUCCUCUACCCAAAGGCAUCGAGGCUCAUCGUCACCUUUGAUGAGCAUGUAAUCAGCAACAACUUCAAGUUCGGGGUCAUUUAUCAAAAGUUUGGCCAGACGACAGAGGAGGAGCUGUUCGGGAACAUGGAAGAAAGUCCUGCCUUCGUGGAGUUCUUGGAGUUUCUGGGCGUGAAGAUCGAGCUUCACGACUUCAAAGGAUUUCGGGGGGGACUGGAUGUCACCCACGGACAAACAGGAACUGAAUCCUACUACACAAAUUUCCACAAUAAGGAGAUCAUGUUUCACGUGUCCACCAAGCUGCCUUACACAGAAGGAGACUCGCAGCAGCUGCAGAGGAAGAGACACAUAGGCAAUGACAUCGUAGCCAUCGUGUUCCAGGAAGAAAACACACCCUUUGUACCCGACAUGAUCCAGUCCAACUUCCUGCAUGCAUACGUGGUGGUGCAGGUGGAGAACGCAUGUACGGACAAUGUCACCUUCAAGGUGUCUGUGACAGCGAGGGAUGACGUUCCUUUCUUUGGGCCCGCUCUACCCGACCCGGCCAUCUUCAAAAAGGGUCCUGAGUUCCGUGAGUUCCUCUUCACCAAACUCAUCAAUGCAGAGUAUGCCUGCUACAAGGCUGAGAAGUUUGCCAAGCUGGAGGAGCGCACGCGUUCGGCGCUGUUGGAAACGUUAUAUGAGGAGCUUAACAUCAACAGCCAGUCCAUGAUGGGUCUGGGUGGAGACGAAGAUAAGCUGGAGAACGGUGGGGGAGGAGGAGGUGGCGGCUUCUUUGAAUCCUUUAAGCGGGUCAUCCGCAGCAGAAGCCAGUCUAUGGACGCCAUGGGUCUCAGUAACAAGAAGUCACACACAGUCUCGACUAGUCACAGUGGCAGCUUUACCCACAAUCCCGCUGAGAGCCCCAAAACCCCAGGGAUUUCAUUGCUUGUCCCAGGAAAAAGUCCCAGUAAAUAUGGACGUCGAGGCAGUGCCAUAGGGAUAGGAACAAUAGAAGAGUCACUGAUCAUUCCUGGGAAAAGCCCAACCAGGAAAAAGUCCGGGCCCUUCAGCUCCCGUCGCAGCAGUGCCAUUGGCAUCGAGAACAUCCAGGAGGUCCAAGAGAGGAGCCGGGAGGUGUCACCGAACUACCAGAAGUUACCGGACAGCAGCUUCCUGUCCCACGAAAACAAAUCGGACAACUCCUCCAAUCACAGUUCUCCGGAGUUUACCGCCACAAAGAACAGUCUGGCCAUGUGUUGCAGGGCGCCCUCCAUCCCCGAGGCUCAGGACCUGUCCCGCUCCUCCUCUAAUGCCAGCAGCUUUGCCAGCGUUGUGGAAGAGCACGAGGCCGAGGACGAAUACGACACUGGACUGGAAAGUGUGCCUGGGGUUACGCCGGCUAAACGAGACUCUCUAGUGUGCAGCGCUGCGGUGGAGGACAGUGCAUCGAACCAGGGAAGUCUUCCAGCAGCUUCUCGUCUUCAGCAGCAGCUAGAUGGAGUGAAGACAUCAGAGUCAAAAGGGACAGACAGUCCCAAAAUGGAGUGCACCCAGCGGGAGCGCAAACUCUCAUCGAACUGUUAGCCGGUCUCCGCCGAUUAUUACAUCAACAUCCAUCUUCAGCAUUCCCAUGAGAGGUGUCUUUUGCCAAAAAACUAAACCAAGAGGGGCAUGUGAAGUCCAGCGCUGAUGCAGAGAAGCGGCACAGUUGAGCCGAGACAAGAGACUAAUAGACGCCCCCUUUGCGUGUUUGGCUCGGAUCGGCUUGUCAUGACAGACACCUCGCUUUCAUGAACACUAACAGAUUUAUUGCCCUCAUUCCCUUCUCCGAGUGGAAAACCUGAAUCCUCAAAGCAAAGGGAAAACAGACCUUCACGCCCAUGCAGGAACAAAAUCGACUGUCAUCUGUUAGCUGGCUUCGCACAAAAAAUCUGCCCGCUUGCUCAUUCUUAAGGUCAGUAAACUCAGAAUCCCGAUUCUUUUUUUUUCAGUGUAAACUGUCGAACUCAUUGAAUCCUCUUGGAGAUCGGGAUUGGAACGGGCAUUUGAAUCAUGUGACUGACAGGGUGGUAAAUGAAGCAUAGACCGAUCAAACGACUCGCGUUUGUUUAGCUCGAACAGAGUUGCACUAUGGAGAAUGUGUUUUUUUUUUUUUUUUAAAUGUCAAAUCUCACAUCCCACUGUGACGUUGUACAUAGGUUUAACUUUGGCAUACCAGAUGGGUGUGUGGCAAUCUGUCCGACCAUGUUCCGUGUUUUAUUGACAAUCUUCUUCUUUUCUGGGUGUUCUGCAGUGGAUAUUUAUUGUGUUUUACAACAACUUCUGGAUUUUUGUCAUGUUUUUGGACCAGGAUGUGAUCCUGAUGAUGUUGCGGGUGGUUUUAAAAACUUACUUCACCUUCUCAUGUUUAGGUUUUGGGUGAAAAAAUGGUGUUGUAGUAAAAAAAAUAAAAUAAAAAAUCAAACAAAAGAAAGAAAUGUGGACCCCAACCAGCAACAUGCAUCCUCCAGCCCUACUCCAUGGUACCGCUGUAAAAACCUCUGUCUUCAGACGCUCUUCGUCAUACCCCACCUGUCGAUGUUUGUGUACAGGUGUGUAUACAACAGUACUGUGCAUGGUGUAAAUCUGCUUGCCAAACUCCUCUGUUCUGCACACCGGUGCAAUGCUUGACAUAGAGGUGGUGUCCCCGUGAUUUGUGUCUUACUGAAAACCAGCCAACACCUACAGAUGCAGCACACAUCGCUGAUAGAGAGCCAAACGUCCCCUUUUCUUCCUUUAUUUGUAAAGUUUAAUUUAUUUUACGUGAGCACUACAUUUUCAGAGUUACUGCCGGAUGCUGACCUUUUCAAAGAACCUGAUCUGUUGCUGAAAGUGACUUACACUGUGACCCGUCGUGACGUUGCCUUUUAUGAUUGUGGGACGGUCAUAUAUUUGAAGGCACUGUGUUGCCAGCUGGCUUGAAUGUAAAACUACGCCGAAAUAGAUGUAUUGAUUUGAACAAAUCUGCCACCGUGAUGAUUCUCGACCACGGUAACCCCCACCUUUCUCGAGCGGAGAGGUUUCAGUUUUUUCUUGUUUUAAGUUUGCCACAAAUAAAAGAACUGAUACAGGUUUCUUUUUUCAGUUUUUUUUGUAUUUCUUUAUUUUAAUUUCAGUGACUUGACUGCAGCAGACAUAUAUCGUCCGGAAGGUUAAAAACAGCAUUUACAAUAUGUGAAGAAAAUGUUUAAGACACUGGAUCAAAUGCAAAUCAUCCCAAAAUAUAUUUCACACUAUAUUUCUGAAGCUUUUUAUAGCAACAAAAGACUAACUGAAAAUGGCAACGAGGUUUCAGCCUGUAAUACUGGAGCCUGAAAAUGCUUGAGUAGAUGAAGUCUGCCCUCCAGUGGCUCUGCCUAUUUAUUGCACAUUACUAUGUGGUACCAAUUCAUCUGUUUGCCGUUGGACUGAUGGAAAAUCAUCGACCACUCCAACGCUCAGAGCAAAUCUGCUGUGUGCUCGAUUCAAAUGAUUGUACUUCUGUUCUUGUCAAUUGUUUGCUUAAGCCCCUGUUCAAAAGACUCGUUUGUAAAUAUUGCUUUUCAUUGUUUUUUUUGGUUUUUUGUAAAAGAAGAGACAAAUAAAAAUGUUUAAAACAUGAUUAAAAUGCACACCAAGAUCGAAUGCCUGUGUAAUUAUUACUUAGAGCAAAAAUACCGAUUGCCACUUAGCAGGACGUUUGGUAUAAUAGUUGAGGCACUUCCUGCUAAAGCACUGA